UCACUUGACUCUGGCUGUGACAAGGGAAAAGGAGGAAGGGAGGAAGACAAGAAAGAUGUCUGGAUGUGGAUCGUCGUCACCGGCACCGCCACCUAGUGUGCUUCCUACGGCCCAGGCAAGCCAUGUUCGCCUUGUGUACGGCAAGAAGAACACCACGGCCGAGGUGCCCAACUUGACCUUGGACGCACUUCAUGCCAUUGCUCUGGGCAACUUUCACAACGUAGAUCCCGAGUCGAUGGUUUUUUCGCUGCAACUGGCUCUGGCGAGAUCAGCGCUCUCGAGUCACAGGUUGAUCUCGACUACCUCAACUAUGUUGUUGGUCGCGGAGCCGAGCUCGAGAUCCUCGUCUUGUCGCUGACAUCCGCUCGCGCUGCCUCGGCUUCUCCGCUCCUCCCGCCGGGCCAUUUGUACAAGGUCUCGGCGGUGACCGCCCAGCUUGAGGAUGAGCUUGCGGCAGCAGUGGCCGAGCGCGAUGCGCUUGCUUGCGACCGCGAGACGGCGGCCAACGAGCGCGAUGUGGCCAUUGUGCGGGUGUCGGAGCUCGAGGCGGCGCUGCACGCGGCCGAGGAUGCCGCGCGUGACGAGAUGGCUUCGCUGCGCGAGGUCAUCGACAUGCAGCGAGCCGAGGUGGCCGAGCUCCGGCGGGUGGUGGCGCAGCAUCAGUCGGAGGCAGCCUCACUGCGAAACAUCAUUGCCAACGUGGCGCAGGUGCAGACCGAGCGCGAGGAGACGGUGGCGCGGCUGGAGGCCGAGCUUGCCGAGGCGCGGGCGGCGGCGGCGACCGAGCCGGCGCUUCCGAGCCCGACAACGAUGGCGGCGCAGGCGGAGCAGCUCGAGGCGCGGCGGGCGGCGCUGGAGAAAGAGAAGGUGGCACUCGACCGUAAGCGGGCGGCGGUGAACCAGCUGCAGACUUCGCUGGCGAGCGAGUGCAAGCGGGUUGCUGACCUGGAGCGGGUGAUGCUCGCGCGCGACGCGGAGCUCACGACGCGCGAGGAGGCGCUUGAGGAGCGUGAGGCGGCGGCAGCAGCGCUCGAGGCCGAGCUGCAGGCGCAGGAGAACGACCUCGCGCUGCGGGCCAAGGAGUGCGAGACGGCGCGCGCUGCGUUUGAGCACCAGCGGGCUGCCGAGUACAAGGCACUCAACGAGGCCAAGCUGCGGAUCACCGAGGAGGCGUCGCGACAGUCGGCCAAGACCGAGGCUGCGUGCAAGGAGGCGCUGGCGCGGACCAAAGCCGAGAUCAGCGAGCGCCGGCGGCAGUUUGACCAGUACGCCCGUGAAGUGAGUGCUUCGGCGGCGGCCAGCUCGGAGUCGUCGGACAUGGCCCGUGCCCAGAUUGAGAGCCUCGAGGUGGCGUGCGCCGCACAGCGUGCGGCGACGAAUCAGCUGCGAGAGGAGAACGCUGCGCUCCGCGCGCAGCUCGACGAGUGCCGUGCGCGGCUGGCAGUCGACGCCGACGCAGAUGCCGACGACUCCGAGUCGGAGCUCUCGAUCUCAGUGGCAUCGUCGAUCGGUGUGGCGUCGUCGACGGCGUCAACUCACAAUGCCGAUGUCUCGGACGUUGAGGAGGUGACGGUUGCCGACACGCUUGCUGUCGACGCAUCAAUUGCCGAGUCGAUCGCCGACAUUGCAUCGUCGUUUGAGAUGGUCAAGGCGUCAGACCUGCCCGAGACCGGCCCGGCGCAGAAGCCAACCGGCUGGCUUUCAUCCUUCUUCUACUACGACGCUGCCGAGCCGGAGACCGGCGACGUGUCCUCGCCUGCUGCCGCCGCCGCCGCCGAGGCUGUGGCGGUCCUCGCGGCGUCGACAACGUCGACCACGAGCGCAGCCUCUAGCGAUGGAGCCGUCGAUGGCUCCCCUGCCGAGUCGUUUGUGGAGGUUGAUGCGGACGUGGAUGCUUCGCUCCAGUGAUCGCCCGGACAGCCGGCGGAAGCGUCGUCGUU